GGUGGUUAUGUAAGUUGUAAACGACAUCGUUCAGUGUUUCAUGGUCCAUGACAGUGACAGCAUGUCAAUGUUAUAAUUCACAUCUAGACGAGCCUGAGUCACGUGAAAUAAGUGAACAAACUCAGUGUAGCCUGGUGAGUGUGAGAGAAUAAGGGAGCACGGGGGAUAUAUAAACAGACACGAAGGUUGAACCGGCCUUCUGAGCCACGACUUAAAUCUAGGCUGAGCAGGGAUCGAUGCUACUGGUGGGUCGACGCAGUGGAUGGAGCUCCGGACCUGUAUAACCCACACACAUCGUUCCCCGCUCGAAACAUUUGCAACGUCAUGAUCUCUUGUCAGUGACAUCUCCAUUUUCAAACGACAGGGAGCAAGAGAAGAUGGAUGGUAAAGAGGACGAACCACUUUUGCCUCAGGACAAAGAAGAAACCAGUUCUUCUGGUUGUUGCGAGCCGUGGUGGAGACAUGUCCGGCCCUACAGCUUGUACGUGCUCCUUGUGCUGCUCCUGGCCUACCUGUUCAACCAGCUUGACCGCUACAUGCUGGCCAUCACCAUCACCCCCCUGGCCCAGGAGGUCCAGUUUGGGGACAAGGCCUGCUUUGUCAACAAGUCGGUGCCCGAUUACGGGGAGCCCCUGGCGUGUAACGGGACGGAUAUGAUGCAGUGUGAAUCGGUUCUCAACCCAAAUGGAACUGAGUACUGCCGUUGGGAUUACAAUGGCCAGGGCUGGGAUUAUCAGAUCCUGGCUGGACCUGUCUUUAUUCUCAUCUACACGUUUUCUGGAAUCUUCAUUGGCUUCGCUGCAGACCAGUACAACCGUAAACUGCUGCUGGCUUUCUGCCUGGCCUUCUGGUCAGCCAUGACAUUACUCACAGGUUUUGUGAAAGAGUACUGGCAGCUAGCUAUCCUCAGGUUCGCUCUCGGACUUGGAGAGGCGGGAUGCACACCAUUUGCCGCCUCCCUCAUCGCAGAUUAUUUCACCGAGGCCACAAGAGGCACAGCACUAGGCAUCUACAACUUUGGCAUUUACUUUGGUUAUGGGCUGGCGUAUGCUGUGGGCAACUUCAUCACUGUGGCAAAUAUCAAUGGACAGGGCUGGAGAUGGGCGUUUAUCCUUCCGGGGAUCCCAGGCAUAGCUCUGGGCGUCCUCAUAGCUUUUACGGUUCGUGAACCGUCGAGAACUUCAAAAUCUGGGGAGGCUCAGAGAGUUGGCGGUGUUGAUGACAGGGAAACAACGAGGGGAUCGGCUUGCUCACGUCUUCUGACGCUGCUCAAGAGUUUCACAAGCCCGUCUCUACUGCUUCUGUGUCUGGCGGGCUCCAUAAGAAAUGCUGGUGGCUAUGUGUGGGCCUAUAACACACAGCCUUACUUUGAUGCCAUAAACGUGCCCAAGGAGACAACAGGGUCCUACAUGUCCUGGAUACCGCUGGUCUCGGGAAGUCUCGGAGUUCUGUGGGGUGGUUUUAUCUCCGAUCGUAUCGUCAAACGUCGGGGAUUGUACGCCAGAGUUAUUGUUCUUGUUGCCAGUCAGUUCCUGGCUGCCCCAUUUGCUGCAGGUGCCUUGUUCCUGGAUGUUCCUUGGGCAUUUUUCUCUCUCAUCCCAGCCAACAUUAUAGGUGAGAUGUGGGUAGGUGUGACCCUAGCUGUUGGGGUUGAACUGGUGCCAAGCGAGAUCCGAACCUCAGCCGUUGCCCUGUACCUGUUCAUCAUCUCUAACAUAGGCGGCAAUGUCCCGCUUCUGGUGCCUCCCAUACAGGAAGCGUUUGAGGGUGACGGUUACUCCAAGGCUGAUGCACUCAGAGGUGCCCUGUACAUCCUGUACCCCGGCCUCUUUGCUCUGAGUGGCUUCCUCUUCCUGUUGACGAUGUUUGUGGUCAAGAGAGACCAACGACGAGCCCAGUAUCGGAGCCUGGUCAACUCCUCGGACGACUAAGAUGGAGGCUGUUACUUCUCCGCAAACUUCCAUCGUUCUAGAAAUCUUGAACACUGUCACCAGGACUUCUUCAGGACAGCUGGGCCGGGGGAGUUCAAUUCUUUUUUUCUGGUUUUUUUGUUGUUUCCUUUUUUAUUUUUGUGAUUGGUAAUGAAUAUUUUUUUGAGUGAGCUGGAGUCUUGACAUCCCUCCCCACACACACACACACAAGCAAGAAGUAAGCAUCCCUUAUAAGAUGUGCACAAAAAUGAAAAAAUCUAACUCGGUGGCACGAAUACUUCACCGCCAUGAUCUAUUUUCUCCUUAUCCUUGUAUUGCUGGCUGACUGUACUCUGAAGUGCAAAAAGAAACAAAA